AUGUCAACUAUUGAGCAAUGCAAACGUCAACGGACCAACAUUAAAAGGAAUAUAACUCGCAUUAAAACCCUCGUAACAACAAGCGCUGGCGAAGACACCGGACUUUCCAGCGCCGAACUGCGAUGCCGGCUGGGAAUUCUGGAGUCUUACUUCACGCAAGCAAUGGCAGUCCAAUCUGAGAUUGAGACGUUGGAUCCCAGCGACAGCGGUCGCGGAGAAUUGGAGGACAGUUAUGUCGAGACCAAAGUCGCCAUCAAAGAUCAGCUAGGUGAGGAACUCAACAGCACUCGACCACCACAUUCACCGUUUUCGCUGGCCCAAUCCAGUUCGAUUGCUCUGUCGUCGUCGAAGUUGCCCCGUCUUACCUUGCCAACGUUCGACGGAAAAUUUGCAGAAUACAAAAAUUUCAUCAACUCGUUUACACAAAUUAUCGCUCGUGAGGCAACCAUGUCUAAUCUAGAAAAGUUCAACCAUUUGCUGCACAGCUUAAAGGGACCAGCCUUAGACGCAAUCAAGGCGUUUCCUAUUACCGAUGAAAACUAUCCCAAGGCUUUGCAGCGGCUUAAUGAAAGAUUUGAUAAUUCAACACUUAUCUUUCUAGAAACCAUAGAUGCGCUAUUCAAACUCCAGCCAGUCGAAAAAUCAAACGCAAUACAGCUACAAGGCUUGGUGGACAAGGCGUCGGCCAUGUAUGGAGCACUGGAAUCCCUUGGUACUGGCUCAAAUAUUGCCCAGGCCAUGUUGAUCUACAUUGUGAUUGACAAAUGCGAUCAGCACACCCGCAAUAAAUGGAACGAGUCGUUGGAUUUCAAAAAUCUGCCAAAUUGGAAGCAGUGUUCGAAGCUGCUGGAACGCCAUUGUCAAUACCUUCAAUCAAGCAACCCCACAUCACAAGGUCCAGUCCAUCCAAGCAAGUCAUCUCGAAAUAUGUCUGGUCAUCGAAUCGCUCAAUGCUCAUCAAGAAGUCGUUGCCGCAGCUGCAAUCAAGCUCAUCACACAAUGUUGCAUCAUGACAAGGACAUUCCGGCCAUAGAAGCGCGUCCUGACAGCCGCGCAAAUUAUUCAGUACAGCCAAGUGAUCCGAUAACGUUCUCUCAUCUGCACACUCGACCAGGACAAGUUAUCCUAGCCACGGCUGUGGUUCUGGUCAAAGACGCAUCAGGAACAUACAGGCCUGGCAGAGCAUUGCUUGAUGCAUGUUCUCAGGUGAAUCUCAUCAACGAGGAGUUCGCCCAAAAACUUCGUCUUCGGCAUGAAAAAUUCAACAUGGGAAUCCGCAGCGUUGGAGACUCGUUAACGCAUAUAAAGCACUUGGCCACAACAACCAUCCAAUCGCGUAUCACAGACUGUCACUUCUCACUUGAGUUCUGUGUCAUCAGCCACAUCUCGUAUCAGCCAGACUCUGAGAUUGACAUCUCUUCUUGGAAGUUGCCCACCAACACACCUUUGGCAGAUGAUAGAUUCCAUGAAUCUCGGCGCAUCGAUCUUUUACUUGGCGCUGAAGUCUUCUUCCAUUCGCUGGCCGUUGGGCAAAUAAAGCUCGCACCUCACUUGCCAAUACUCCAAAAAACAUUGUUCGGCUGGGUCAUCGCCGGUCGAUGUCAACAACAGCAGAAGCAAGUUUCGGACUGUUUUAUGUCAAGCACAGUCUCCAUUGAAAACCACUUGCAGAAGCUUUGGGAGUUAGAAUCCGUCGCUGCCUCACCUGAGAGUCUACAUCCACAUCACCAAAUCUGUGAGGCGCUCUAUACAAGCACUACAGUUCAGGACUCCCACGGUCGCAUUGUAGUCAACCUUCCCUUUAAGGAUGAUCCCUCUCGUCUUGGAAAUUCCGCUGAAGUGGCUCGUCGACGAUUUUACGCAAUGGAACGCCGCAUGCUGAAAUUCCCUGAGUUGAGAUCCCAAUAUGUCUCAUUCAUGCAGGAAUAUCAGGCGCUAGGUCACAUGUCAUUGGUGACCAGUCCAGCCCUUCAUGAGUCGCAUUACUAUAUACCCCACCACUGCGUUUUGAAGCCAUCGAGCACAUCUACAAAAUUGCGAGUGGUUUUCGACGCCUCGUGCACAACAACGUCGCAACUGUCUCUUAAUGACCUACUGUUUGUGGGUCCCACUGUGCAAACGGAUCUUUAUCUGCAGCUUCUCAAAUUCAGACUGUUUCAAUAUGCCUUGACAGCUGACGUGACAAAAAUGUACAGGCAAGUCCUCGUCGAUCAAAGCUUUCGAAAAUAUCAAUAUAUAUUUUGGCGAGACUCCCCAGAUGCACAACUGCAGACGUUCCAGCUGAAUACCGUCACUUACGGAACCGGCGCUGCACCGUACCUAGCAGUGCGCAGUUUACACUAUUUGGCUGACAAGUACAAGGAGGAAUUCCCGACCGGCGCAUCGGUUAUCAAAUCAUCGUUAUACGUCGACGAUCUGCUUUGCGAAGCAGACGACAUAGACACCUUGCGACUCAUCAAACAAGAAGUCAUCGAAGUUCUUCAAAGGGGGAACUUUCCGUUGACCAAGUGGCACUCAAACCACCCUGAGUUCACUGAUUACCAGCCCACGAAGAGACUCCACAUCUGUGAGGACAACGUCACAAGCGCACUCGGUGUCAUCUGGAAUCAAUUGGAUGAUGCGUUUCUCUUCACCUUUGCUUCAAAACAACCAACCUUGCCAGCUACAAAGAGAUCUAUCUUAUCCAUCGCAUCAUCACUCUUUGACCCCCUUGGUCUUUUGUCACCGAUAAUUAUCGUGGCGAAAAUGAUUCUUCAGGAACUGUUGGAUGCUCAAUCUUAA